AUCCUCUUCUCUCCCCAUUUCUCGCGUUAUCUCUUCGGUCUCCACACUCUCACUCUCUCUCUCUCUCUCUUUGCGUCUCUUCGCUUCCCCACACUCACUCGGCAAUGGCGAUUUCUCUCAACUCUCUCUCUUCCAUCCUCGUCCGCGAGACGGCGUCGCUGGCCGCCGCCUCCUCCUCCUCCUCCUCCUCCUUGCCCUCCUCGUCCAGGCUCGCCCUGCCGUCGCGCGCCGCCCGCGUGGCCCCCGUCCGGUCCGUGACCUCCCCCGCCGCUUCCCCCAACCCGGCGGCGGGGAAGCGCGAGCCGCGCGGGAUCAUGAAGCCGCGCCCCGUCUCGCCGGAGAUGCAGGCCCUGGUCGGGGUUCCCGAGAUUCCUCGCACCCAGGCUCUCAAGCGGAUUUGGGCCUAUAUCAAGGAGCACAAUCUUCAGGACCCUGAGAACAAGAAGAUUAUAAUAUGUGAUGAGAAGCUGAAGAAAAUAUUUGGUGGGAAAGACCGAGUUGGGUUUCUUGAGAUUGCAGGAUUGAUCAGUCCUCAUUUUCUUUGAUGGAACUAAAUGGCCAAUAGUGAAGUAGGUAAGUGCGGGGUUAUUUCGUCGAGCGAUCUUUUGCACGCCAGGCAUCUGUUUUGGUUGAAGAUAUCGGUGGAAAAAAUUGCUGGUUCUCGCUCUGUAGUCUUGUGGUAGACGUUAUAUUCCCAGUAGUUGCUCAAAACUUCUUCAGAUUGUCAGUUUUGGUUACCAAGUUUAGGCUUUUGAUGCAUCAGUGGUGGCAUGUGGUUACUACUGGGAGUAUUUACUCACACUUUCUCUGUAUCUA